GCCUUUGAAAAGCUCAAGUCAGUGCUUGAUGAACAAGCCAACGACAAGAAUUCUGUCAUGCUUCGCAAUAGUAAGAUCAGGUUCAACCACUUUGCAUAUGUUGACUUCACACCCACAAGGAUGGACCUCAUUAACUACUUCUUUCGUGGUGCAGCAAUAUUGUGUAAGCGCAAUCAAAAAGGAACAGAUCUGCUCAUUCCAAUUGCCAUGGUCCAGGAUGAUGAAACCCCAGUUACAGAGGAUAACCUGUCAUUCAUCAGUAUCCAAGUCAGAAAUCGAGCGGAUGAUGGCAAGCCAACUGGUGAUGAAAUCGAAGUUUUUAAACGACAAAGGACAGAUAAUAUAUUCAAACAGACAGCUCGCUAUAUUGAAAUUGACAACAGUGUACCUUUCCCUUUACCCUAUCUUGGCAUUUAUAUGAGUCUUGGUGUAGCAUCUGAAGACAUAGAGUGCCAAUGUAUGUUAGACAUUGGGGUGAAAACACGAAAAG